AUGGCUGUGUGGAGUGAUGGGAUUUUUGAUCCUGCUAUUAUCGUGAACGUUUUGUUUCAAUCGCAACAAGAAACAAAGCUGGCCGCAGGAGCUCUGCGCCUGUCCGUUGUUUGUUUGCGCACACAUGAAAAGCCAGCAAGGGAAAAAAGAACAAGGUUAAGCAUAAUCCGAAAGUCUGGAAACGUUUGGAAACGAGACACUCGCUUCCUCCUCUUUAUUCUCACCGUGACUUUACUUCCUCGAUCUUCCGCGCCUGCAACACUCACGGUGUCGCGACCACGCUCCAAGCGGCUUGACGAGCUCCACGACCUUGACGACCCAGCAACGAUUACGACCCCUCGCUUUUCACGGCAACGCCAGCAGCACCAGAGACAAUCUUCACUCCCUAACCCUCGUCUUGAACCUUCCCGGCCCCCGUCCUCUGCGUCCGUUAUAUCACCGGACCCUGAAAGUGCUGGGACUGCACUACGAAGGCGUCUACGGCUGAGAACACGCUCAAUUGCUACGGAUUCGCAGCCAGCCGACACGCAUACUGCCACUGCCCCUGCCGCUGUGAGAUUUGAUGAGCCCCUUCACCGUGCGCAACACUAUUUUCAUCCUUCCCUGAAUCGCUUCCCCAUCCCGCCUCGAACAGAAGGAGAGAGAUCCACCGUCCCAGCUUCAGUCCAUCCUGUGAGUGAAUCUUUCUGGCCAGCACGAAGUAAUCGCGUCUCUUCUCGAACUGCGUCCGCAAUCCUUUGGGUGCUCGAGGAGGCCUUGCGCAAACCAUACCAAUUCACUCCCAUUCAGGGCGAAAUCGACGCUUCGAUGUCAGAACUUAUGGCAGAAGGCGGAGUAUCGGCUACAACGGCUGGUAACGGGCGAUCUCAUUACAAUGGAGUCCAUAGAACCGCACAAGGGCCUGCUCCCCCGCAGUCGAACCCCGCUCAGAGUGGCCUACGAACUCCCAUUGAGAUUAUGCGGCGAAGAAAUGACCGUGAAGCAAGAAAGAAGGCAGAGCAGGAAGCACGAGAGCGGGAGCAACAGGAGAUAGAAACAAUCAAGCAUCAACAAGACAUGGAACAGCAAAAGCUAGAACGGCUCGCACAUGAAGAACGCCGGAAACAAGCUGCUGGCGUUGCCGGAGAGGCUCCGCCUUCGACUACCAGGCGACCAGACAUGGGAAUGGCCUCUCGUCCGCCUGAUGUGCCCCUUCCUCAGGACCCCGGCACUGCAGAUAUUCCUCCCGCUGUUCAUCCGAGCUCUGGAACCCACCCUAACCCUCGACGCGCAGGCGAGGCAGCAACCCAGGAAUCCUCUGCUAGAGCACGCACUUCCAUGGGUGCAACACACCAAUCAAGACACUCACAAUCUAGAGCUCCAGAGACUGCUGCUCAAGCUGCCAUACAAAGCGGCUUUCCUAACACCCAAGCUUCAAAGACCCAAGCUAGCUCCUCCCAAGCCGCGCAACCACAAGCUCGCAAACCCUUCCCGCAUGCAUUCGAGCGAUGGGAAAUGCUGUCUUCGCAUUGGGAGGGUCUGACAAGCUACUGGAUUCGUCGUUUGGAACAGAAUAACGAAGAUCUGAACAAAGACCCGCUCAACCAGCAGAUGUCCCGCCAGAUCACCGACCUCUCUGCCGCCGGAGCUAAUUUAUUCCAUGCUGUAGUGGAGCUUCAACGAUUGCGAGCUUCGUCAGAAAGGAAAUUCCAACGCUGGUUCUUCGAUACACGCGCCGAACAGGAGAGAUCCCAAGAAUUGCAGGCAGAAUUACGACGAUUGCUAGAAGCGGAGCGUCAAGGCCGAGAAGAAGCGGUCGCAACAGCGAAACAAGCGGGAGUCGAUAAGGCCAAAGCUGAAGAGCUCGUUAGAGAAAUGCGUCGCGAGUUGCAGAUUUCGAGGGACGAAGCUCGUCGAGCUUGGGAAGAACUGGGACGCCGCGAGCAAGAGGAGCGCGAGCGUACUGCGUCGCUCCGGAACGGCGAGCCCACAGUUGUUGGUGGCGUGCAAGUCGUUCCUAUGAUUCAAGCUUACCCGAGCAGACAGGUCAGCACCCAUCGGCCGCAAACUAGGGAAGGCCCGUAUCCAGGCGGUCCAGGACCGACUUCUAUGGGCGGCCAAACCCCCGGCGAACCAAUCGACCAAACCGACCAGUAUUCUUAUGACAGCCAAGUUUCAACCCCGAAAGCAGUGGAGCAAUUCCCAGACACCAGCAGAGAUCGCCCUGGCCUUCAUCAUGAACCCGAUGUUGCGCAGUUCGGAACCCCCCGUGCUCCCACUGCUACGACCACUACAGGUGCUCCGAGUUCCAAACCCACUACCACCCAGGCGCCCACCAGAGGAUUUUACCAACACGAGAGCUCUGCUCUUCAUGGCCAGCCUCCAUCAAGUUCUGCGGCCGAUGAACGCUCAUAUGUGCCCUCCAGCGAGGCUGGAGCAAGCGAAGUCUCUGAAGAUUACGAACCUAGAAUCACCAACCAUCCCGAUUUCCCCGGUCGCCAGCUUUCCUACCCCCGCACUGUUUCCGAAGAUAGCGACGAUUAUGAGAACCAGGACUUACUGGAGCAAGAGGCCCGUUACCGCCAACAGUACCCCGCCAACACGACAGCAGGGGAGAGCGGAUAUCAGCCUGCGCCCGUAGAUUACAGCGGAUCAGGCUGGGGACCAACUUGGGAAUCUGUGACGCCGAGACAUCGACACCCGACAAGAUUGAGCGAUGUCAUCGAAGAAGAUGAACGCAGCCGAACUAGCCCAAGCCGUGCGAGCCAGGCAAGUCGCGGGCUGCCUUGA